AUGUAUCGAGGAUCGUCGCCCGCAUCCGAUGAGCCGGAAUUUCAGCCGUUGAGGAGGCUUAAACCGUUACCCAAACGUAGACGCACCUCAGACGCGCCCAUUCCAGCAGCAGACGACCUCGUCCAUCCCAUGGCCAACAUUCUUGGCGCAGAAUCUCUCGCAGACGAACUCAUUACUCAUGCUGACUCCUUCUCUCUGCAGUCUUACUAUGCCUCUGUGUUCGGUGGCACCCACAAUGGAGACACCCUUGAUCUGAACGCGGCGUACCAGCUUGGGAAAAUGGGAAGGUCGGAGGAGGACCAGAGUGAGGGUGACUAUACGGAUCAUCUCCAGCAGCCUGGGAAUACGAAGAAGAGGAAGGUGCCUGCUAACAUGUCGGGCGCGGCGCAAGGGCGGGAAGCGGAGCCACAGUUGGGUACAGAGGAUGAGAUUUUGGACGGCUUGGCUCUAUUGAAUGGUCGGGCUAACCAUGGCCUUGACCUUUCUGCCCUGCCACCAUCGGUGAUCCCAACCCCCAGGAAGGGGAAGAUCACACCAUCAACGCUGGCAGGUCUCCAGCACAAGGAGCUGCUCAAGCAUCGAAAACGCCAGCUUGCAGCCGUCUUGGGAGCCCUUUCUCUUGGCGAUACACUUGCCCUUGAUCAAGCAUUAUCAACGCAUUUGCCCUUUGCGGGUUCGAUGAUCAGAUCUGGCUCUAAUCCGCCGAAAGUACGGCUCUCGCGUCGACCUGGUCCGCGUCUUGCUCGCGCAGCAAAGGCACAUGCAAGUGCAGCCUCAAUACCCCUUCAGAAGAAGCCUUCAUUUCCAACCGCUCAGUUCGUGUUCACGUUUUCUAGUGCAACUUCUGAUCGCCUCGUUGCGACGAAACAGGAGGUGCUCGCACUCAGAAAUCGGUUCGAAAAUGAACUCGCACGUCAGGCGGCUAAAGUGACCAAGGCAGCUGCCGAUGCUAAACAAGCGGCACUUACGGCAAGCAAAGGGGCUAAGUCAAAGCGGGGAGAGAAAACGCAGCAGCGGGCACUUAAGGGUGCAGCUGAAAGUGGUGAUCAGUCAGCGGAGUUUCAGGAAAUGCCAGGGGGAAAAGGCAAGGGAAGCAAAAAGAAAAAGCGAAAUGCACUCGCUAUCGCAUCAAAUCCUCAUCACCGCAAAAAUUACGUUCCUUCCAGGCUUCCUUCAUCUGGGCAGGCUAAUGUGGUUCAGGCGAAUGCCAAUGCUCAGAACAUGCUUGGGCCACUUCCACUUCGCUUCCUCUCGGCACAAAUACCGCCUCGCAGACGCAAGAAGGCAAACACGGUUACUCCCACUGCGCAGAUAGUCAAUCCUGCAGAUGAAUGGAUCUGCCCACGUUGCGAGUAUUCCCUUUUCUAUGGAGAAGGGUCAGAGUACCGUCAAGCAGUGAAGAACCGAAAACAUAUUCUUCGUAGAAGGAGACGUGCGCAGGAGCGUGUUGCAGGCGGACUAAACGCCCCCAAGACACCUGCAAAUUUGGCGCCAUCUGAUGAAGAAGACGAUUACGACAACGAUUAUGAGCCAUCUCCUGCACAAUCCCCCGUCAUCGUGAAGGAGUCUGAUUGGAAAGAAGGCCCGGAUAUAGGCAGGUCUAGAGGGCAGGAUUUCAUACAAACUGGAUAG